AUGCUAAACGCCCUCGAGGGAGACCGCCAACGAGAUGGGGCCCACGUCAACGUCACUAACGAAACUUGCGAACAUCUUGGAUGGCAACGGCGAGGGAACGAAACGAGUGGAAGAGAUGCUGGGGCCCGCACGUCCAGUGAAGACGGACCAUCUAAGAAUCUAAGCAGUCUUCUCAAUGCGCUCUGCGCCGAUGGAGUACCAGGGAAUUUCGUUCGCUUGCUUGAUGACGUGAAUCAGCGAACAACUGCUGCAGUGCGAACGCCAGCCAGAUGUACAGCAUCGUUUGAGGUGCAAAGAUACGCUAAGGCCAUUUCUGCAUUUAGCUCUUUAACGAAAUGCUUGUGGUCGAUCCCCAUCACCGACGAAGUCAGGCUGCGAUUCUACCUAUACGCAAUCGGAUCGGAUCGGAUCGGAGACUCGAGCACCACAUUCUACGAUGAUGGCUUUAUUGCACAGAAAGGAACCUGCUUAGACGGUCGUUUGGCUACGUUUGGCCUAGGUUUGCCACAAUGA